AUGCUUACUUGCUUACUUGCUUGCUUGCUUGCUUGCUUGCUUGCUUCUUGCUUUCGUAUCUCCAAAGACGAUCUUCCCCUCCUCCCUCCAUCUUCCCCCUGGUUGGACAUUCCAUUGCGGGAUAUGACUUCACAGGCACACGGACUCCGCGCACCCCGUCCAACCCAACGUUCAACAUCCAACAGCGACGAGAAUGGAGUCAGUGGUGGCUUGGGAUGCGGGUUCAUUCGCCCGGAUUCCGGUAGCAGUGGGGAGGAUCCCUCUCCACGUAAACUAGCCGAAGAGAAGCGAAUGACUGGACGGGUGCUGCAAUGGCUGUGGCAACUCCCGGAAUUGCCUGCCCUUCCUUUGCCCGACGAUCGGACAACUGCUGCUGCUGCUGCUGCUGCUGCUGCUGCUGCUUUGUCAGGAUCGAUUAUGACACUCAAAAGGACAACUCGCACAUAUGCCCGGCAACACGGCACAUCCUCAUGUCGAAGUAUCAGCUGA